AUGCCCUCCGACUCCGAAGUGAUAAUCAGCGACGACUUCGGCGACUCCCAGUCUCCCACCACCACCCCAGCCCACACUCAAGUCCGCCAUAAGGUCCACAUGCCCCAUUCCCACGUGGCCGCCGCCCGCGAGUUCGUCAAGCGCAAGACCGUCUGUCGCCGCACCCCGAUGACCGUCUUCCAGGUCAGUGUGCUCGGCCUGACACUGUUGAUCAUCAUCGUCCUGUGCGUCAUCUAUCAGACCUGGCUGACCUCGGUAAUAAUCUUUUUUAAUUAAGUGAUUUAUCGAGGAAAACGUUGAAAUUGUGCUUGUCAGUUUCAUAAAAUUUGGCCAACUAAUUGUUCACAAAAAGUAAUCAAUUUUUGAUACUUUGAGCUUUCAAUUUUCAAGGCAUUUAUUUGCGACAAAAGGCUAUAGAAACUAGCUCUAUUUUAGUGAGCGCAUCAGAUAGACAUGUCCCUAAAAUUAAACUAACCACAACUAUGCAUCAAAAUCCCUGUGGGUUCUGCAAAGCGAGUUAAAAAUUACGGAUUGAUUUCAGGCUCUAUCGGAUAAUCACCGACCACACACCCCAGACGACGAAGAAUAUCAUAUGAAACUGGUUAAUUACAUUAAUAACCCCAAUCAUCAAAAGGAUUGGAAAGUAUGUAACUUUAAUUGGAUUAUCCUGAUUUUUUAACCUCUAGAAACAAACUUACCUUAUCCUAAUUCCAGGCUGUUUACAAUAAAUUCGCGGCUCGAGGAAUGGACGAAGAAGAGGACAUGCCAAACGAAAAAAACAAAGAGAAGGAUAAUGAGAUCUUCAACAUCUUCAAGGACAAUAAAUAUGCCGUUUUUGGAGACACCUUGGCCUAUCUGCCUCGUCUUGUCAGUCGAAGGGAUGUUCAGAUUCCAAAGAGUUUCGAUAUUCGGUUAAAUUGGCCUCUUUGCUCGUCGGUGCAUCGGAUCCAGAACCAAGGCUCUUGUGGGUCUUGUUGGGCAGCCUCGGCGACUUCAGCUAUCGCUGAUCGUAUCUGUAUACAAUCAAAUUACACUCAACAGCCCCAGAUCUCCAUCAAGGACCUGCUGAUGUGCUGUCCUCAUUGCGGAACGUAAGGGCUUUUUAUUAAUACGGAGAAGUUUUAAAUUUCAAUUUUGUCCGUUUAUUCUUACAUCUACAACAAUACCACUCUUUAAUUUUAGCUGUGGUGGAGCCACUUGGCCCCUUUUUGCCUUCACUUACUGGAAAACCGAUGGGAUUGUAACUGGCGGCCAAUACGGCAGUUUCGAAGGCUGCAAACCCUAUGAAAAGUCGGCUAGUUGUGGCAAUCCCUGUCCCACAGACUACUACACAAAUCAAAUUGAUGACAAGUUCUGUGAACGUAAAUGUCAGCCUCUGUAUUCGAAGACUUACGAGGAGGAUCUGCUUCAUGCCCGGGAGGCUUAUUGGAUUAAACCCAUUCCAAAUGCCGACGAGUACUUCCCCGAUUACAUGAAGAGGGUCAGGGCGAUUGUGGGCGAUUGUAAGUCUUUUUAAUGGCAUUUUAUUGGAGCCAGACUUGUAAAAGCCUUUCUUCUGAAAUUUUUGUAAAUUAUUUUUGAUAAAUUGACGUUGAGUUUGUAUUUUCAGUGGAUUACGCAACAUUAAUCAAACGUGAAGUGUAUCUAAAUGGUCCCGUGAUGGGUUGUUUCCCCGUAUACGACGAGUUCCAGCAUUACAAGUCAGGUAUUUACAACAAGACAUCCCCCGACGCCAAGAUGUUAUACGGCCAUUGCGCGAAACUGAUUGGAUGGGGCGAAGAAAACGGAAUCGAAUACUGGACAUACGCAAACACGUGGGGUCGAGAUUGGGGAGAGAACGGUAAGGGAUUAAACUAGAGUAUUACACAUACAUUUCUAAUUUUACACUCGGAUAUUGAGAUUGAUCUACACUUUAAAAUUCAAAUAUUUUUGCAAAAAUUGUGGGAUAUAAUCGAAUAAAUAAUUGAUUUACUGAAGCCAAUGAUAAAUCUGAUAUCAUUGCAGGGUUCUUCCGCAUGAGGCUAGAGAACUUGCCGGAAGAAGUGGCCGCCGGAAAUAUCUGA